AUGGAGCUAGGAUCCCAACAGAAUGGAGUGCUGGUUAACAGGACGAGGGCAGCGGAGGCUUUAUCCCACCUGUUGGACAACUCAAGGUGGACGAUCAUCCAGGUGGAAGCUCUGGUGGCAGUGGCCGCUGCGCUGCUGUUUCUCCAGCUUAUCUUGGCUACCUGGAAGCGGGUGGCUACCUGGAAGUGGCGGUGGCACAACUCCAUCGUCAGUUUUUUCCUGGCGGUGUGUAACGCGUCGCUGCUCCCUCUCGUCUUUUACACCCUUAGUAUCAUGCAGUCCUCUCCAGUCAAGAAUUCCAUGUACACUGUCUGGGGUGCAUCACUACUCAUGGCUGCGGGUGGCACGAUUGCUGUCAGCCAAUUCGAUUACGACGACAAGGAGAACAUGGUGCUGAUUCAGUGGAUUACUGGUUUUGCUCGGUAUGUGUUUUACCUUGUUAUGCUUCUUGCGCUACUGACACCAUAUAGCCAAAAGGAAUCAUGGACCAGGCGUUUGCAGCACUCAGGAACGACACACGGGAGUGCAUCCAGGUGUCUCUCUGUUCUUUUAAUGGUCCUUUAUUUGACAAGGGCCAUGGAAAUUGUUGACUUAUACAUUAGAUUUAAACUAUACAUGAAGAAAAAUGCAAAUGAUCAUCAGAAAGACACUGAUGAUGAGACCACGGAGGGCGACAAGUACCAAGUUGGCUAUGCUAUCCGUUGCCUACCCCGACCUAAGGUUCAGGUCAUAACCAUUGACCAGAUACGGGAUUGUUGUGGCAACUCAGACCGUGUAGAAACAUUGGAAAAUGUGUGCUUGUCCCUUGCCUUGUGCCAGUUCUGCUUACGACGGUACAAGGGGUUGUCCAGUGCCCAAGAGAGACUUCCUACACCCAACCAUCUUGUCUUCAAUGGGUUGCUUCAAACUGAAGAGCAUUACGAAAGAGCAUUCAGGAUUAUUGAAGUGGAGUUGGGUUUUUGCUAUGACUUCUUCUUCACAAAAUAUCACGACAUCUACUUUAAUAUGGUGAUGCACUUUCUAACGUUUCUCUUGAGAGUAAUCUUUCUUACUUUGGUUCUGGUGUAUACUGUUCAAGGCUCUGUGACUAUUGAGACUCCCGAUCCUAUCAUACAAGUACAAAUUACAAGAUCUGACUACAUCAUUACUCUAGUACUUCUUGGUACAGCCCUCGUGGUAGAACUACUGCAAGCAUUAGUUUAUCUGGCAUCAGACUGGAUCAAGGUAUCACUUGCCUGUGUGUAUGUCAAAUAUAAACAAAUUGCAUUUCUUGAGAAGUUGAUCGGUUUUCUCAUCAGAGUUUCAAUCUCUCCCCAGAGGAGAAAUAGGAAUUGGAUUGCCCAAUACACAGUUAUUUUGCCGGACAAGGUUUUUUUCAAGUUUUUUCUCAAGUGCAAUUUAGACCCUGUUGAAAUAUCCCCUGAAACAAAGAAAGCUAUUGCUGGGUCGAUCAAACCAACCUUUGGUGAGCAGACCAAUCGGCUAGCAUCACAGGUCCGCAUUAGUAUGUUUGAGCAUUGGGCACUGAAGGAUCAUUGGACACUGAAGGAUCAUUCUCAAGUAGAGAUCAUGCUGAUUUGGCAUAUCGCAACUGACUACUGUCAUCUUUCUCCGAGCAGUGGGAAUGGGAGCAUUCCAGACCGAUAUGUUGCAGUUACAUUGUCUAGAUAUUGUGCCUACUUGCUUGCAUUUGUCCCGCAACUGCUUCCAUACCAUGAAGCGGACAUAAAAGAGUUGAUACAUACGGUGAAGAAAGAAAUAGCUAAAGAUUUGCCAUCCUCUGGGGCGCCUUCAGAAAGGUAUCAAAAAAUGAAGGAAUUAGGAGACAACCCUCCGACAGUCUUCAGGAAAGGCGUGAAGCUCGGCAAGCAGCUUGAGGACGACAUGCCGGAUGAAGCACAGCGUUGGAAGGCAAUGGCAGAUUUCUGGGCCAAGACGGUCAUCUACAUUGCGCCCUCGCACAUUACUGCCAAGGAACACAUGCGACAGCUUGAGAAGGGUGGGGAGUUCCUGACCCAUGUCUGGGCCCUGCUUUCUCACGCUGGCAUCCUGAACCUCGUCAGAGACGACGACGAAGUAGCAAAGCCUGCUCAAGCUCAACCUACCCAAGAAACUGUGUGA